AGUGCGGCUGCUUUGGACGUCUGGAAAAGAGGAGCUCUGUUUGAAUUUUUAAAUGAAGUUACAAUAUAAAUCCCCAAAUGAACGAAUCAUCUACGUCAGAGUCUGGUGGAAUCUACGAUUUUUCCUCCGAAGAUGCUGCAUGGAUUUUGACGUCCGCAUUCAUAAUCUUCACGAUGCAAACAGGGUUCGGUUUGCUGGAGCUGGGCUGCGUCGCGCCGAAGAACGAAGUGAACAUAAUGAUGAAGAACUUGGCGGACAUGUUCCUGGGCGGCAUCACUUACUGGCUCUUCGGUUACGCGCUGAGCUUCGGCAGGAGCGAGCUCAACACCCCGUUCGUGGCCCUCGGAGACUUCGCACUCAACAUCGACAACGCCGAUCCCCAAAAGGGGGCCAUCUACACCUUCUUCGUCUUCCAGCUCUCCUUCGCCACCACCGCCACAACCAUCGUGUCUGGAGCUGUUGCCGAGAGGUGUGCCUUCAAGGCUUAUUGUCUUUUUUCUUUGAUCAACAACAUCGUGUACUGUUUGCCGGCUGGAUGGGUCUGGGGUGAGCACGGAUUUUUAGGCAAAAUGGGUGCUGUAGACAUCGCCGGUUCCUCUGUGGUUCAUUUGACUGGCGGCGUUACUGCGUUGGCCGCUGUCAUAAUGUUGGGCCCUCGAAUCGGAAGAUACGAGCUCGGAAUUGAGCCUCUGCCGUUGGGUAAACCGAGCAGCUGCGCUCAAGGAUUGUUCGUUCUCUGGUGGGGAUGGCUUGCAUUCAACUCCGGCAGUACUUACGGAGUGACAAAUGGGAAGAUAGACUACGCGGCAAAAGCAGCUGCGAUGACGAUGAUCUCUUCUUUCGGUGGAGGGACGGUCGGCCUUCUCUACUCCUUCCACACUCAAAACGGGCGCUGUUCCAUGAUGGACGUCGUCAACUCCGUCCUUGGAGCAUUGGUCGCAGUCACCGCUGGGUGUUUCUUGUACCAAUCGUGGGAAGCAUUACUUGUUGGUGCUAUUGGAGGACUUCUUGUUGCCUACAGUGUGCCUUUCUUCGACCGAUUAAACAUAGAUGAUCCAGUUGGGGCUUCGUCAGUUCAUGGAGUAUGCGGUAUGUGGGGCACAUUGGCGGUUGGACUGUUCGCUGAAAAUCCACUCCCUCUAGCAACUACCUAUGGAAGGAGCGGGUUAUUUCGAGGCGGAGGAUGGACGUUAUUCUUCGUCCAAUCCCUGACUGUCAUUUCGAUCGCAGUCUGGAGCUUCUUCGCAACAAUUGCUUUAUUAUGGGUAGUGAAUAAGAUAUUCCCCCUGCGGCUAGAGGCAUAUCAAGAGAUAAGAGGUGCAGAUUAUUACGAGCAUGGGAUAGAAGAUUCAGCCACCGAAAAAACUGCCAAGAGUAAUGGUCGUAUAUACUUGGAAGAGCUGGACUUUUUGCUGAAAAGAACAAAGGAUCUUAAAUUCGGUGGUAAUCUAAGAGUGACCCCUCAAAAAUCGGGAGACCCAAAAAAUCAGAGGAGGAUAAGCUCGAAUAACAAAUUUUUUAGGUCAAAAUUCAGACGAAAAAUAGUGAACGGAACGGAUGCGCCCCCAAUUGAUCCUUACGGGACCGAUUUCAAUUUCAACACACCCAUCGCUUGGAUAAACUAG